UGCUUUAUCAUGCUGUUGCAGACACAUGGUUACGGGUAAAGGGCAUCCUAAAAAAAGAACGAUAUGCUCCGGUGUGGACAGACCAGUCUGCUCAAUGACAUGGAGAGAGCUGAGAAGACUCUGUUUCGCCUGGAGCAAGGCUUCGAGCUUCAGUUCCGACUGGGCCCAACUUUGCAGGGAAAGAAUGUGCACGUUCACACCAAUUACCCUGCACCACGACAAACAUUCAACAGGUCUGAAUUCCGUGUCCUCGAAUGGAUCUACCCCGGUGGAAAGGAGUUCGACUCGGACAAGUAUUGCAAACUGGACCUGGAGAUUGCUGGCUCGUACCAGUAUUACUUUGGAUGUGGGGAUGAAGAGAGAAAUGGUGGUGGAUAUUUUGUGGUGGACCCCGUGCUACGAGUGGGCCAUGAAAGGAAGGUACUCCCUUUGGAUAGCAUCACCUCUCAGACUUACCUGUCUAAGUGCCUCGGGCCGCUGGACGAAUGGCUAGACAGACUCAGAGUGUCCAAGGAAACGGGUUACAAUAUGAUCCACUUGACGCCACUGCAGACGUUGGGUGAGUCACGUUCCUGCUACUCGAUUGCUGACCAGCUGGAGCUGAACCCAGAUUUCUCUCCUCCGGGAAAGAAUUACACAUGGAACGAUGUGGGGAACCUGACCGAGAAGAUCAGGAAAGAGUGGAACAUGGUUUGCAUCACAGACGUUGUAUACAACCAUACAGCGGUUAACAGUAAAUGGCUGAGUCUUCACCCUGAAUGUGGCUACAACCUGGCGAAUUCUCCUCACUUAAAGCCAGCCUGGAUACUGGAUCGAGCUCUCUGGCACUUCAGCUGUGACAUCGCGAAUGGAAAGUACAGUGACAGAGGCCUACCAGCUCUGGUUGAGGAUGAAAAGAAGCUCAGUACACUUCGUGAACUUCUGUGGAAGGAGGUUUUUCCUCACCUGAGGCUCUGGGAGUUUCUCCAGGUCAAUGUCGAACAAGCCAUAGAGCAGUUUAAUAAACUUCUGCAGACCAAUGGCAAACCUGCUGGGAAAGAAAUGAAGAAGGAACAGAAGCUGAAGAUCAUACAGGACCCCGAGUUCAAACGCUUUGGCAACACAGUGGACAUGAAGGUGGCACUGGACAUGUUUGGCAGGCACACGAACAGCCUAUCAGCGAUACAAGUAUGCUGUGAUAUGUUCAAGAAGAGUUUGGAGAAAUUGAACUCGGAGUGCUGUAAGGAAAUGCACAGCCAUCAUGAGAAGGCUGUGAACUGCAUAGUGGAGACUGUGAGAUAUGAGCGUCUUGCCAAAAACGGUCCCAAACUUGGCUCGGUGUCCGAAAAACAUCCUUUGGUUCAGAGAUAUUUCACUUUCCCAUUUGAGGACAUGUCAAUGGAGGAGGAGGAACUGCUGCUUCAAAAUGCAGGUGAUGCGUGUCAUCUCCAAGCUCACAAUGGAUGGGUGAUGGCAGAUGAUCCCCUCAGGAACUUUGCAGAACCAGGCUCUAACGUCUACUUGAGGAGAGAACUAGUCUGCUGGGGUGACAGUGUGAAGCUCCGCUAUGGAAAUAAACCUGAGGACUGUCCAUAUCUGUGGAACCACAUGAAGAAGUAUACAGAGAUAACUGCCAAACACUUCUGUGGUUUACGUUUGGAUAAUUGCCAUUCCACACCUCUACAUGUGGCUGAGGCAAUGUUAGCUGCUGCCAGGGCAGUCCGACCCAACCUGUACGUGAUAGCUGAGCUCUUUACAGGCAGUGACCAACUCGACAAUACCUUUGUCAACCGUCUGGGGAUAACAAGUCUUAUCAGAGAGGCAAUGAGUGCUGUGGACAGUCAGGAGGAAGGCAGGCUGGUGUAUCGCUUCGGUGGGGAACCUGUUGGGUCCUUCUUUCAACCCAAACUAAGACCUUUGGUUUCAGGCAUAGCGCAUGCUAUGUUCCUUGACAUUAGCCAUGACAAUGAGUGUCCUGUCCAGGUUCGGUCUGUGUCCGACUGCCUUCCUAGUUCUGCAAUUGUGUCUAUGGCAUGUUGUGCCACAGGAAGUACCAGAGGAUAUGAUGAACUCGUUCCUCAUCAGAUUUCAGUAAUCACAGAGGAGCGUUUGUACACGAGAUGGAACUCUGAUGCCACACAUCCAUCUCCUGGGGAGGUGAACCUCCAGUCAGGCAUCCUGGCAGGAAAACUGGCACUCAACAGGCUUCACCAUGAACUGGCUGAGAAGGGUUUCACACAGGUUUUUGUAGACCAGCUGGAUGAAGACAUUGUGGCUGUAACCAGGCACUGUCCCAGCACACACCAGUCUGUGGUGACUGUGUCUAGAACAGCGUUCAAAAACCCCAAAACACACCACUAUAAUGAAAGAGUGUCUCCCAUGUUCAUACCAGGCCAGAUAGAUGAGGUGAUCCUGGAGGCACAUACAGUGGAGAGAGACUCUGGCCCCUAUGUGAAAGAUGAGAAGUGCAUACAUGGCAUGCCUGAGUACACGGUGGAGCUCAAGGAACACCUCCAGCUUAAGGACAGCCAAGUUGUUAAACAAGGAGAUGCCACAAGAAACGGUGGCAAUGAGUUUGUCCAUGAGAUCAUUUUUGAUCGUCUUAGUCCGGGCAGCGUGAUUGCUUUCAGGGUGAGUCUGGACCCCAAAUCUCGGGACUUGGUUGGCUUCCUGCGUACUCAACUCUGUCAAUUUAAUCGCAUGUACAAAUUGGGCAGUCUGACUGACCCUAAUGUUCCUAGCAUCCUGAAAAUAUCCCUGGAAUUCCUCGUCUCCAAACUGUCCUUGGCCGAGCUGAAUGUCUUGCUAUUCCGCUGCAAUGACGAGGAGUGUGAAGACGGAGGCGGAUGCUACCAUAUCCCAUCCUGGAUGUCUCUAAAGUAUGCAGGCCUUCAAGGGUUCAUGUCAGUGCUUUCCGACAUUCGGCCCAAGAAUGACCUCGGCCACCCGUUUUGCAACAACCUGAGGCAAGGUGACUGGAUGCUUGACUACAUUAGCUCUCGUCUUAUGAAUAAAGAAGGUGCACUAAAAGAGGUUGGGAAAUGGUUUUAUGCCAUUUUUGCCUAUCUAAAAAGAAUCCCACGCUACCUCGUUCCAUGUUAUUUUGAUGCCAUCAUUGCUGGGGCAUACACUACAGCUGUUGAUGUUGUCUUUAAUAAGAUGUCAAGCUUUGUGAGAGUUGGCUCAACCCUGGUGAAGCAGUUGGCACUAGGCUCAGUGCAAAUGUGUGGUGUGGGUCCUGUACCUGCCCUCCCUGCUCUUUCUCCUGCCCUGCAGGAUGUCCCAUAUCGCCUCAACAACAUCACUAAGCAGAAGGAGCAGUGCUGUGUGUCAGUGGCUGCAGGCUUGCCUCAUUUUUCAUCUGGAAUUUUUCGUUGCUGGGGCCGAGACACGUUCAUAGCCCUGCGUGGCCUCAUGCUGGUCACUGGAAGACAUACAGAGGCAAGGAAUAUUAUCCUGUCCUUUGCUGGUACUCUGAGACAUGGCUUGAUCCCCAACUUGCUUGGUGAAGGCACAAAUGCUCGGUAUAACUGCAGAGAUGCCGUGUGGUGGUGGCUGCAGUGUAUCCAGGACUACUGCACUAUAGUCCCCGAUGGUGUGGACAUUUUAUCAUGCCACGUGUCGCGCAUGUACCCUACAGAUGACUCUGAACCCCAACCUGCAGGCACUGUGGACCAGCCUCUGUACAAUGUCAUCCAGGAGUCAAUGCAGCGCCAUGCUCAAGGCAUCAAAUUCAGAGAGCGGUACGCUGGGCCACAGAUCGACUGCAACAUGAGAGAUGAAGGAUUUAACGUCGACGCAAAAGUCGACCCGGAAACAGGCUUCGUUUAUGGGGGGAAUCGAUUUAACUGUGGGACAUGGAUGGACAAAAUGGGUGAGAGCGAAAAAGCAGGGAAUCGUGGGAUACCAGCAACACCCAGAGAUGGCUCUGCAGUGGAGAUUGUGGGUCUUUGCAAGUCCACUGUGCGCUGGCUGACCCAUUUGAACCAAAGCGGUCACUUCCCUUACUCUUCCGUCAGUACCUCGAGGGAUGGUGAAACUCAGACGAUGUCUUACGAAGAGUGGAACCGCAGGAUCCAAGAUAACUUUGAGAAGAAGUUCUACGUGUCACCUGAUCCAGAGGAAAAACAUGAAAAUCAUCCAGAGCUAGUGCACAAAAGAGGCAUUUACAAAGACACCUAUGGUGCCUCCAGUCCCUGGUGCGAUUAUCAGCUCCGGCCCAAUUUCACAGUCGCCAUGGUGGUGGCUCCUGAGCUGUUUACACUGGAUAAAGCAUGGUCAGCGUUGGAGACUGCUGAGAAGAAGCUGCUUGGGCCAUUAGGAAUAAAGACUUUAGAUCCAGAUGACAUGGUUUACUGUGGCAUCUAUGACAAGGACCUGGACAACAACAACUACAACAUUGCCAAAGGCUUCAAUUACCACCAAGGACCCGAGUGGAUUUGGCUGGUCAGUUACUUCCUUAGAGCCAAACUCUACUUUGCUAAGCAGAUGAGCCGUGAAGUAUACAAUCAGACCGUGAUUCUGAUCAGAAACAUUCUCUCCAGGCAUAUCGUCCACUUGGAAAGAUCUCCCUGGAAAGGUUUACCCGAGCUAACCAAUGAGAACGGACAGCAUUGCCCUUUCAGCUGUGAGACACAAGCCUGGUCCAUUGGCACGAUCCUGGAAGUGCUGUAUGAUCUUUAUAAUCCUGAGGACUCGUAGAUUUGUUGUUUUUCUUCAUAACAGCAGGGCGGUUGUUUUCGGACUCCUUUCUGUUCCUUAAUUUCCUCAUUUAAUACUUACGGAUUUAUAUGUAUAUGUCUAGACAUCAGUUUAUUCCUCAUUUAUACAGAUUUUAAUCAGAUUUUGUUUUUGUUUUUGUUUGCAAAUGUAACUUUUCAUGGUCAACAUUUUAAUGUUGAUGCUCCUCAUAUAUAUCUAUUUAUUCAUCAUCAUCAGUGCAAAUGUAGUUUUUCGAGGUUAAACGUAAAGCCGUACUCGUCCGUUCACAGCGGGCGCGAUAUUGUGGCAUAGUGAUUUCUUCAAAUAGAUUAAAUUUCAUCUCUUCGGAAGACAUAAAAAUUUUGUGGUCCACAAAUUUUAUUGAAUUAUUUUGCUCUGAAGAUGUAACUUUUUUUUUUUGCAUGGAAAUUGUCUGUUGAAUCACAAUAUGAACGUGAUUGUUUUUCUAGCCGUGUCAUAAAAAAACAAACAAAAAAACAGUAUUAAACAGAAUUAAAAUCUGAUGCAAACUCGUGCAUCUGCUCAUGUUAAAUUAUGCUCCAGUGAAUACUAAAAAAUCUAUUCUCUAUUA